CACGUAGCUUAAGAGAUGAUGGAACUCGUCUCCUAUUCCUACACAUGCAUUGCCUUUCUACUAGCAUGGAAUAGCCCGCUCUCUCUCUCUCUCUCUCUCUUCUCCUCUCUCUCUCUCCGUCUCUUCUCCUUUAUCCCCCGGAUGCAUACGCCAUAUGCGCGAACCCAGGGGCUGCUGGCAGUGGUUGCAUGCGCCAUAUGCGCGAAACCAUCUGGGCAGGGUACCUCAUCUCCUCACCUCCCCGCUGCUCACUCCCUACCGGAUAUGUGAUGUCGUCGAGGUCAGGUUGCCCACUCCAGCCCAGCCGAGGUCAGUACAGGUGUUGCAGUGCGGUGAUUGCCGUGUGUGUCAAAAAAAAACUCACGUCAGUGCUGUGGUAAUGAAGCUGAGGGAUCGCGGUUGUUACCUGGUGGUGGUCUGCGAAAGGAUAUACUGGGUCAAGACGGGUGGUGGUCGGCGAAAGGAUGUACUGUCUUCCGGGGCAAGAAUGAGAAGACUGGUUUUGGAGUCACCUUGUAAACAAAAGCAGAGCAGACUGUUGUUUCAAGGACAGACGGUAGAAUACAGUUCUCUGAGCGCAUUUGCAGAUUACGCAGACACUUUGGCUGGUUGUUUCAAGGACAGAUGCAUGUGCUGUCAGCAGUUUGUAAUUGGUGAAGAUCUGUUCUUUCCAGCCCGGCAGUCCUUGGGAUGGAUGUCAUCACGGCGGGGACUGACGCGUUUUGGGCAAGGUCCAAACUCUGACUGUGGGUCGUCGGCAAUUCCGGUGUGCAUUUCGGUGGGGUCUCUCGGCGCGGUGGUUUCCUACACGGGAGGAGACUUCACUAAUCACUCACCACAGCCGAGCGGCCGCUGGGCAAUGCAGAAUACUCUCAUCGCGAUCAGUCCCCAGCGACAGCUCUGACUAGGCCUACGGAGAACCCUCACGUGGGAUCACUCGGAAUCGCUCUGGACAAGUCGGGCUUUCCCGCACCGCUUCGUCAGAUGCAGCCAGGAUCAUUGGGGGGCCCCAAUCGGUCAACCCAACCAAGGGUUACUCGGUCAUUGCGUUCCCUCUCACAAUGACCUUGCUCAAUUUAAAUCACUCGGACAGUCUCACGGCCUGACGCAAUCUCAAUCGUCAACACCACUCAGUGAGAGCCAUUCAACCUACGUAGAAUCAUUUGUGCUCUCUCUCAAUACUGUCCUCAUAAAGAAAGGAUGAGAAAGGUAACUCUGCGUUAUGCUCCUGGAAUGUCCGUUCACCCGGUAAACUGGG